CUUCUUCUUACUCCAUCCCCUUCCCUCCUCUCUCUCUCACCUCCAUUCUUUACUUUUCUCCCCCCUCUCCGCAGCUCCUCCUGCUGCUAUAUCCUGCCUCGCCCCGCCAUUCGCUCUCCUCGUCUCGCCCCCCGCCGUCCUCCUCCCCCGACGCCCCAGACGCCAGCCUCCGCCCGAGGAGCGCGCGAGUCUCCUCCCAUUCUCAGGCGCCGGAGCGUUUGGUUCCAGCAGCUUUUCGUCGGCGUGCAUAUGAUGGGCUGCUUCACUGGCCUGAGGUCCAAGAAGAAGAAGAGCCCUCUUGUUGCAAGCAAGAAGCAUGGCGAUGCAAGGGACACAUCCCUGAGGCUCCCGGAGCCGGAGGCUCAUGUGCCAUCUUUGCAGUCAGCGCCUCCUAGUUUCAGGAACAGGCCAAAGAUCUGCCAGUCGGCCAAUAAAGUCUCUUACAGCAGAGCACGUGUGCUGUCUGCUCCCUCCAGCCUGAUUCUGGUUGAUCAGGAUGGCCUUCCGUAUGCCGAAUUUGACGAUCAGGAUGACUCUAGGACCAAGGGAGGAGCUAUUAAGGCGCAUCGAUUUUCAAAUCCAUUGCCCCUUCCUCUUCCCUCACCAGAAGGCAGUUCUUUGAGGAACUUUGGUAGCUUCAAGGCUAUCAAUGCAAGCGGGCCACUUGAGGUUUCAGGUCCUCUCCCACUGCCUCCGAAGAGGUCUGAUGGGCUUAAGAACUUCUCGUAUGAUGAGAUUUCCACUGCUUGCCAGUGGUUUUCUAGUGAUCAGUGUGUCUCGGAAACCCAGACUUUGACAUCAUACAAGGCAUCGUUCAGGGAUGAUUUUGUUGAACCAAAGAAGAUGGAAGCAAUAGUUGCCCGAUUACUCCCGUCCAACCAGAGUUUCAAAGAAUUUAAGGUGCAAGUAAAUACGUUGGCAUCACUUCAACAUCCCAAUAUAUGUAAACUCAUCGGCUAUCAUGCAAGAGAAGAAUCUAAUGAAAGGAUGUUGGUCUAUGAGCGGCUCCAUCAUGGCAGUUUAGACAGGUUACUCUUUGGAAGACCGGAAGGUCGUUUAAUGGACUGGUCUACACGUUUGAAGGUUGCCCUUGGUGCUGCUAAAGGUCUAGCUUUCCUACACGAUGAAGGACCCUUUCAGGCAAUGUAUGAUGACUUCUCAACCUCAAACAUCCAAAUAGAGAAAGAUUUCACUGCAAAGCUGUUGGGAUAUGGUUGUGUUGGCUUCAAUUCUGAGGAGGAAAGAUCUAAGGCAUCUGUGACUGCUACAAACCUCUCAGAGGAAACCUUGGAGAAAGGCGUAUUGACUCCCAAGAGCAACGUAUGGAGCUUUGGAGUCGUCUUGCUCGAGCUAAUAACAGGAAGGAAGAACCUUGAUGUACGUUCCACCAAAGAAGAACGUAAUAUUGUCAAGUGGGGUAGGCCUUUCCUCACCGACGACAGUCGUCUAUCCCUCAUCAUGGAUCCCCGUAUAAAAGGACGCUUUCCUCCCAAGGCUGCUAGGACUGUGGCAGACAUCAUUCUGAAGUGCCUUCAUAGGGAUCCAUCCGAAAGGCCUACGAUGAGGGCCGUCGUGGAGUCUCUAGCAAGCGUCCAGGACAUAAAGGUCCCCUGCCGGUAUCCUCUUCAAGUACCGUCCGCCGCACCGAGGAAAGUGAUGCUAAAAUCCACGAGUCUCAACGGCAUUGUUCCUCAGCAUCCUGUCAUGACCUUCUCGCCGUCGCCUCCUUCGCGCAACCAACACCUGGUGUCACCGAGAUCAUCAACGUCCGCGUUACUUCCCCCAAGGAACUGCUCUUCCAUCAUCACCCUGGACUACCCCAGGGUAAGCUCGGUCAAGAAAUCGCCCCCCAACAUCAUGCGGAGACCUGGCGUCGAGGGUUUUUGAUUGUCCAUAUAGUGCCGGAUUUCUUCUCUUUGCCUUGAUUUAUUUGUUGUUUUGGUUAGCCUAGCGAGUGAUCUCAGUGCUAUGGGAUAUAUGUUGCAAGGACAUGUGAAAAAGGGCAGAGUGAAGUGUAGAUAGUAGAACCAGCUUGUAGAUACUUGUCGUUCUCUGAUUGGAUGGGGGUCAUGGAAGAAGUGUGUGUUGAGUGGGGCUUGUAACCCCACUAUGCAAUAAACGUGGGUUGGUUGGUCGGUCGGUAUUUGCUCGCCGUCAAACAUUUCAGCUGUUUCUUCUUCUCUUGAAUGCUAAGUUUUGUUGCUGCUA